AUGCCGACACAACAGGCAAAAGUGGAAGACGGGAAAAGAGAUGUCCGUCGCCCCCAAGUGAUGCCCUCGACGCCCCGUCUAGAACCCUUAUGCAAGCGCUGCUCCACGAUUCCCCUCACUCCCGACGCGCAAAAAGCAGGGAUUGACGACGUGAAAUUCAAGAGCAGAGGCGGAGGAUGGCUACUUGGGCCCGGUACGAGAGUUCAGAACAGGAAAUGCCCUUUUUGCAAACUCGUCACUCGUGCGUUCAGCAUUCUGUACCAAACAGACGUAGCGAAGGAGGAGAAGGCGCUCUCGAUGAGAGAAGCCGUGGAGGUUAUGGAAUUCAGGAGAAGGGGCCCAGGAGGUCGCAGAGGGUUUACCAUUGACGGAGCAACAUUGCAGAACUGGAUCUGUCAAGUCCCAUUUUCGGCCGAAGACACUGCUCCCUAUGCAUACCUCAAACCUGUGAUCGAAAGCGUCUUUGAUGUCGACCGUCUCUCGAAAUGGAUGUCAGUUUGUUCGGCUUCUCAUGGAGAAAAUUGCUCCGUCAUCGCACAGGACUUCUCCACAGCUUUUCCUGGACUACAUGUUUUGCGACUUAUCGAUGUCCAGGAAGAAUUUCUCGUGGAGCUGCGGACAAUUCCACAGUACGUCGCCCUCAGUUACGUAUGGGGCGAAGUGCCCAGCGUCCGGCUUUCGGCGGCCAAUAAAUCUCAGUUGCUGCGACGUGGAGGCCUCAAAGCGGCGUGGAGUGCUUUGCCAAGAACCAUUACGGACGCGUUCGAGUUGGUCCGGAAGCUCGGAGCGCGAUACCUUUGGAUCGACGCCUUGUGCCUGUUGCAGAACGAUCCGACGGACCUAGACCGCGGUGUCAACGUCAUGGACCAGAUAUAUGAGUUGUCGUGGUUGACUAUCGUGGCCGCCUGCGGACAUAAUGCCGACGCUGGCUUGCCGGGCAUCGGGGAAGGAAGCCGGGCUGAGAUACAUACGGCAUUUCCAAUCGUGGAAGACGUAUCUAUGGGGAUAUAUGUUCCUCUCGAUAGACUUUUGAAGUGUUCGGUCUACUCCACAAGAGCUUGGACGUAA